AUGGACUCGUUCAUGAGCGAGCGGAACAUAAUUCACUUCAUCGAAAAGACAACAAAAGGUCUGACCCUGCUGAUGAUCGCAGCCAGGGAUGAGAACCUGGAAAGCUGCCUCGCUCUCUUGAAAAGUGGAGAAAGUGCUGAAGUGAGGACAAACUUUGGCGUGACGCCUCUUCACUUCGCGGCCUUGAACAAGAAAAACGGAAUCGAAAUCGUCUGGCACCUCACAACCCAGGAGAAACAAGACGUGAAGCAAAAGGACGUGGAUGGCGAGGAAGCGAUUUUUUACGCAGUCAGGGUGGGAAACUUCAGGGUGGCGCAGAUCCUGCUUGAGCUGCGAGAAAAGACAAACAAUAAUCUCUUGCAUUUUUGUAUAACUCAAAAUAGAUCUGACGACGUCGCUCAGAUAAUUCACGCGUGGAACCCGAGUUUAAUUAAAGAGGUCGACUCAAAUAGGAGAAAUGCCCUUCACCUGGCAGCUCAGUUCGCCGACCUGAGAGUCUGCAAGUGGCUGAUUGCCGCGGGCAUCGACGUAUCAUCAAACAGCUUUUUAGGGACAGCCUUGCACCGCGCACCGUUAAAUAAAAACCACGGAUUGGAAUUAGUUCGGUUUUUCGUCUCAAAGAAACUAGACUUAAAUAAAAAAUCAGAGAGCGGAUUUGUGCCUUUGGAUGCAGCUCUUGCAGAGGAAAAUAUUGACAUUGCUUCGGAACUGCUGAGACUCGGCGCCACUUUGCACAUAAAAGACCAUAAUUUUUUGCUGCAUUGCGUAUUGGUCAACAAGCUGAAUUGCGUCAAGUUCAUUCACGGAUUCGAUAAAAGUCUGAUCAGAGGUGAAGCCGCACUUCACAUAGCGGCGGAGUUUGCUGAUCUAGAAAUGUGCCGGUGGCUCGUGGAAAACGGCGUCCGAACGGAUUCUUUGAAUGGAAAAUGGCAAACCUCAAUUUUGCAUCACGUCGGCUACAACAAGAGGCAUGGAACUCAGCUAGUUCGGUAUUUUUUCCACUUGGGUCUCGACAUGAACAAGCAGGACUUCUAUGACUUCACUCCUUUAAGCUACGCUUUGGGAGACAAAAAUUUUGAUGUGGCAGAGGAAAUGCUGAUAUAUGGGGCCGAUUUCUACGCGAUAAACGAUGGCAUGAACAUUUUCCACGUCUGCAUAAUGGAAAACAAUUUAGAAGGCGUCCAAUUCGUGCUCUCAAAGGAGCCAAAAAUAAUGAAUUCACUCGGGAAAGAUGGGACGAAUGCCCUUCACAUCGCAGCGGCUUUCGCAGAUUUAAAAAUGUGCCAGUGGCUGUCAUGCGGAGAGAAAUUCGAUGUUUUGUCCCUGAGUAAGGAGAUGCGAAACACGGUCCUUCACUACGUCGCAAUGAACAAAAAGUUUGGAAAAUCACUCGUCCCUUUUUUCGUUUCCAAGGUAGUGAAUGUGAAUGAGAAAAAUAUUUUCUCACUCUCGGCCUUUUACGUUGCCCUCUAUAUGGAAAACAUCGCCGUGGCUGAGGAAUUGUUGAAGGCUGGUGCAGACAUGAAUUUAAAAUCGAAGCGCAACAACAAUGUCCUGCAAUUCUGCGCUCGUAAUAAUAAAAUCGUGAGUGCCAAAUUCGUGAUUGGAUUAAAUGAAGGGCUGGUCAGGGAGCCGACCUUAGGAGGGGUCACUGCCCUUCACUUGGCGACGAAAACGGUGGAUUUGGAGUUUUGCAAAUUUUUGGUCGAAAAAGGGGCCGAAAUAUAUGCCAAAGACUUUCUUGAGCGUUCGGUUUUGGUAUAUGUUCCGAGAAAGAACAAAGAAAAGAGGAACUUCCUCUCCUUGGGAGUUGGAAAUUAA